AUGGCUUGUCUCUUACGUGUUGUUUUGUUUGACAUCCUUGUUGUUUUAGCAUUCCCUGCAGCUUGUUAUGUCCACGGAAUAAUAAGCUGCAUUGAAACUGAAAGGAUAGCUCUUCUCAGCAUUAAAGCAGGCAUGUGGAGCAGCAGCAGCAGCAACAACAACAACAACAACGAAACCUUUCUCUCAUCUUGGACUGGUCAUGACUGCUGCCAUUGGAGGGGAGUGUCAUGCAACCAUGCAACUGGCCAUGUCACCAAGCUUGAUCUCCAAUACCCUUAUGAUGAUCCCAUACCACCACCAAGUAAGUUGAACUCUUCUCUCGUUCAGCUUCACCAUUUAAAGCACUUGGAUUUGAGCAUGAACAACUUUGAAAUAUGCCCCAUCCCAGACUUUAUUGGCUCUCUUGCCAACCUGAAGUAUCUUAACCUCUCUAAUGCCAGAUUCAGUGGAAUCAUUCCUCAUACCCUUGGAAAACUAUCACGCUUGCGCUACCUUGAUCUUACAACUUAUUAUUUCACCAAUCUAAAAGCUAAUAACCUCCAUUGGCUCUCUGGAAUGACUUCUUUGCAUUACCUUGACUUGAGUGGAGUGGACCUUUCUAAUGUUCAUGGUUGGCUUCAUGACAUUAAUAUGCUCUCUUCUCUUCUUGUUUUGAAACUCUCUCGUGCUCAACUCCGAGCUGAUGCUGGUGGUAUUAAUGAUACUGCUCUGCUUCAUCAUCAUCUCAACUUCACAUCUCUUCGUGUGCUUGACCUCUCUGCGAAUUAUGAUCUGAACAUCACUCUCCUUCAAUGGUUGUUCAAUCUCAAUAGCCUUGUUCAUCUUGAUCUUUCAUUCUGUGCUCUGCAUGGCAAGUUGCCAGUAGCCAUUGGUAACUUGAGUAGCUUGAAAGUCUUGAGCUUGGUUGAUAACUCUUUUGAUGGAGUGAUUCCAGAGUCCUUAGGAAAUCUUGGUAGCUUGGAGAGACUUGAUUUGUCACAAAAUGAUCUGAAUGGAAGCAUUCCGGAAUCUCUUUGUAAUCUUACAAAUUUAGUGUAUUUUGAUUUGUCCAGCAACCAAGUUCAGGGACGAAUUCCUACAAGCAUUGGGAAUCUAAGAAACCUGCAAUACUUCGAUUUGUCAAGGAAUAUGAUCAGUGGAGCGUUUCCUGAAUCCUUUGGCAAUCUCACACUUUUGCAGUAUUUUGAUGGGACUAGAGGUAACAAUCUCAGCGGCAAAUUGCCUGAAACUGUAGGAAAUCUUGUUCACCUUCAGUUUUUAGAUUUGUCUCAAAAUGCAAUAAGUGGAAAGUUACCAGAUAGUCUUGGAAAUCUCAGGCAAUUGCAGCAGUUUAGAAUGCCGGGCAAUGGCAUCACAGGGAAAUUACCAGAAUCGGCAGGAAAGCUCUCUAGCUUGUGGGAGCUUGAUUUAUCCAAGAACAACAUCAAUGGAACAUUGCCAAAAGGCAUGGGGAAUUUAUGCAAGUUACAGACGUUAGAUUUUACAAGCAAUUCUAUCAGUGGAGGCAUUGAUGAUCUUAUUGAUGGAUUGUCUAAAUGCAGGGAGAACAAGUAUGGUUCUGCUUCAGAAAGUAGUGAGGGUCUAACAACAUUGCGUCUGGGAAACAACAAGCUGAAUGGAACAGUUCCAGAGAAGAUAGGCCAAUUAUCUAAACUGAGUGUACUGCAUCUCUCUUCAAAUUCUUUGAUGGGUGUCUUAACUGAAUCUCAUUUUGCUAAUCUUACAAACUUAGCAUAUUUGGACUUCUCUUACAACUCGUUGCAAUUGAAUGUAAGUGAGAAUUGGAAGCCGCCUUUUAAUUGCAAGACCAUCAGAAUGUGUUCUUGCAAAGUAGGCCCUAUUUUCCCCACUUGGGUUAAAACUCAAACACAAUUAGGUGACCUCUGUUUAUCAGAUGCUGGAAUUUCAGGCAACAUCCCCGCAUGGUUUUGGGAUCUAAGUUCCACUACUCAGUAUUUACUCAAUCUAUCAAAUAAUAAUUUGGAGGGAAGGCUACCGACUUCUUUGAAAAAUUACAUUUUCAGUCUCAUUGAUAUGAGUUCAAACAAAUUUGAAGGCCCAUUACCUGAGCUUAAUCCCACUGCAUUGUUUGUUGUCGAUCUCACCAACAACACAUUCUCUGGGUCUAUUCCUUCUUACUUUGCUGCUGCUACUCACAUUCAAGUUUUCUCUUUGUCAGAUAAUCAUGUUAAUGGCAGCAUUCCAUCGUUCUUCUGUAAACUUACUACCUUGACACUCUUUGAUGUAUCGAAUAAUGAUAUGUCUGGAGCACUUCCCAACUGCUGGAAUGUAGCAUCAGCGUUGGAAAUUAUUGAUCUAUCUGACAAUAAUUUCACUGGUAAAAUUCCUGGUGGCCUUAUGUCCUUUACCAAUCUCCAAUCCUUACAUUUGAGAAAUAAUGGCUUCUCUGGAGAUCUCCCCUUGUCCUUGAAAAUGGCCAACAAGUUGGUCACCCUCGACAUUGGUGAAAACAAACUCUCAGGUAGCAUCCCAACAUGGUUUGGAGAAAGCCUUUCAUCUUUAAUAGUGCUUCGCAUGAGAUCAAAUUUAUUUGAAGGUGUCAUCCCAGAGCAAUUAUCAAAACUCUCCUCUCUUCAAAUACUGGACCUUGCACACAACAACCUAUCAGGUUGCAUUCCUCAUUCUUUUGGUGAUUUCAAAGCCAUGGCAGUCACCAAUCACUACAAAUGGUGGUCUUUGCUCUCCAUUUUCAGUGAGGUCUUUUCUCCUUAUUCUAUAUAUGGUAGUGCUCCAGAUAGCUUUGCUUACUCUGAAUCUCUCUUGAUAAGUGCAAAGGGCCUCCAAAUGGAAUACUCCAAGGUUCUUUCAUUAGUCACAAGCAUGGACUUAUCAAACAAUAAGCUUUCAUGUGAGUUGCCUGAAGAACUGACCAAACUGCAUGGGCUCCAUUUCUUGAAUCUUUCUCACAACCAUUUCAAUGGAAAGAUACCACAAAGCAUUAAUGAUAUGGAACAGUUGGAAUCACUUGAUUUGUCAGAGAACAAUUUAUUUGGCACCAUUCCUUCAGGCAUGUCUACAUUGAAUUUCUUGGGUUAUUUGAACCUAUCGCAUAACAAUUUGUCGGGAAAAAUUCCAUCAGGCGGCCAACUUCAGACUUUCGAUCCAUCAGCCUACAAUUGGAAUCAUGAUCUCUGUGGAUCCCCUCUUCAGAAUUGUGCUAAUGAGACACAUUAUUCCCAAGGUGCUAAUGAGAAAGAAGGAAAGGAAGAUUGGUCAGAGAUGUUAUGGCUUUACAUAGGUCUUGCAAUGGGAUUCAUAACUGGCUUCUGGAUGAUCAUCGGUACCAUUAUUAUGAAGAAAUCAAUAAGAAUUGCUUAUUUCCGAACCAUUGACAAAGUGUAUGAUUAUCUAUAUGUGAAGAUGGUUUUGUACUCUCGAAGAUUCAAAUCAACUUUCUCAAGGAGGAACUAAGGUCCAAAGUAACAAGUUGGGUGGCCUAAUGAGUUAUAUCAAUAAAACGAUGUUGGUACAUUAUGUUGUCUUUGUUAUGAGUUUCUUGUUCAUUUUGCAUUUGAAUUGUGAGUUUGUAAUUUGAAUUAUUAUUGGAUCUGAGAUUGCAAU